AUGGAGCUCUCGCGCCAGGAGUAUCCGGCGCUGCUGGCUACCCUUCACCCUACACAAGCAUCAACUGUGCUUACCGAUCGUAUUCGAUUGAUCAACAAGAUCAAUUCAGACAUUGCCGACUUCCUGCAGGAGCGCCGCCGUGUCGAAGAAGCCUAUGCUCAGGGUCUACGGAAAUUGGCAAGUCGACCACCGGUGGACAAUGGCGUGGCAAUGGGUAUCUUCCAAAUUCCAUGGCAGCGCAUCAUUAACGCCACGGAGACACUUGCCACAUCGCACGAGACACUUGCGACCAAGAUUGAAGAAGACGUGGAGCGUCCGCUAAGAGAGUACAGCGCCAAGAAUGCCGAAAUGCAAUCAAUGCCCGGGGUCCAGAACAACCUCUCAAGUCUCGCCAAGAACCUCGAAGCCGCACAGAAGAAAGUGGACAAAGCGAAGGGCAAGGGGACUAAAGGAGCCAGCAGCCUUUCGGGUGCCAUUGCUGCCGCCGAGGAAGUAAAUCAGCAAUGGGAAUCGCGGGCUCCAUUCGUCUACGAGCAGCUCCAAGCUGCAGACGAGUCUCGCCUGAAUCAUCUGCGUGAUGUGCUCACCCAGCUGGAGACUCACGAGCUGGAUCAAGUCGAGCGUUGUCGAGAGGCAGCCGAGAGUUGUCUGAAUGUGCUGCUGAAUGUGCAAACGGCGGAUGAAAUCAAGACGUUCGCUGCCAAGAUGGCCGGUAAACGUGCACAAUUUACACCGCGGCUGUCUUCCCGACAAAACUCGCAGGCGGACGUGAACCCUGCAGCUUCAAUUGCUCCUUCUACUGCAGAUUCUGAAGCGCCCACGGCCCCUCCAGCUGCCGCGCCGCUUGCACCCCCCUCAAGGAUCCAAGAUGAUGCAGCCAGCCAGCGAUCAGGCCGAUCAGAGACACUUGCUCCAGCAGGGACUUCAUCCCAGACACCACCAGCUCCCGAGCCAUUGCCUCGCCACACACCACUGGGUGGCCUGAGACGGCUUGGUACCGUGAUGAACCGAAGAAAGAGCGUGGUCCCACCCAUGGGUGGCAGCUCUGAUCGAAAAGCAGAGAAGAAGCAUAGGAGCCCAUUCUCAUCUUUCAUGAGAUCUGAUAGCUCUCGAGAGGCGCAGAUUCCCGAAUCUCCACCUUCCACGGCAGAUCGACCAGGAACUUCGUUGACUGAGGAAUCGUCCCUGCGUAAUGAAAACAUUUCACACGACACUGAUACGGUUGGAGCCAUGGCCCCUACAUUUGCUUCUCAACCAGAAACAUCUGCUCCAAACGAAAACACUCCGCGAAGCGAAGAGAUAUCUAUGACUAACGGCACAAGUCAGGUAGGCCACUGGAAUCAGCUGCGUGCUAAAGAAGUUCAGGACUUUGGGACAUAUACUGAUCAUUAUCAGUUACAGCCGUCUCAGCCCAAUGUCGAUUCUGAAGGGUUUACGGAACGACCCUCAAGUGUCGAUGAAAUCACUAGAGCACAAAGAGAAGCAUCUGCCGUGGAGGACUCAGGCGUAAACUUGACAAUCCGUGAUCAGCCAAUUUUUGAGGACGAGAGUCAAGCGAAGAAGGCCAUGGAUGACAUGGCGAAUACUCUUCGAAUGCGCGCUCCACAGCCUGGCAUUAGACGAAAUGCAGGUACUCUUCGAGGCCGUCGCGACGUUCGCAAUACAGUUUUCGUUCCCAACGCUGGGGCAGACAUGACCGGCUCAUCAGCCGGGUCAGAUCAGUUUGGCCCAUCUUCACCUAGGCAUGCUGCGUCCCCAACAAACACCAUGGAUGAUCAUGCAAUGUCGGAUACUACCUCGGUUCGAUCAGGGCAUACUGCACACAGCCUCGGCCCCAGUAUUCACCCUGAGCUUCAUGAACCCGGCCUGAAUGCGUCCAUCAUCGAGACUGUCAGUGCGUGGCUCUUCGAGGGAAAGGUAACCAAGUCAUCUGUUGUGGGAGAGCUUGCUUUAGCGAACAACCCUCAGCCCGGCCAUUCAGUUGGCAAGGUACUCAUUCGUUUGGACAAUUUCGCAUCUCUGGAAAAGGUCGCCGCGAAUCCACACUUUGUUCAUGAAUCCAAUGGAGAGGGGAUUGAGGACAAGCGCGGAGAGUACGAAAUACAGCUUGGCAGCAUUUCACGCUCGAUGCCUACUGUCGCUUUCAAGUAUCAGGUGCACAUUGAUCCGAUGAAUCCUUCGGCAUACAGCCCUGUCAUCUUCAAGCCAGCGUGGAACAUUGAGGAAAACCAAGCCAGCGCUAUCAUAUUUUACUCUUUGAACCCUUCGUUCAUUUCGGCUUCAGCGGGUUCAAUAACAUUGAAGAAUGUCGCUCUCACCGUGGCUCUCGAUGUGGCCCCUGAAGACGAAGUGACUAAACAGCCCCGGGAAUCUGUUGCCCACGCCGCCAGUGCAGUCAUGUAUCCUAACUCUGGAGCCGUCUUCCGCCGCAAGACCUCCAGCGUGAUCUGGAAGAUCCCAGAGCUAGAAGUGAAAGCUCCAGGGUCUGGUGGCGAGGACGGAAAAUUCCUCGUCCGCUUCACCACCACGACUCCUGGCCCCCGCAAGGGCAAUGUUGAGGCACGCUUCGAAUUCACCAAUACCGAAACUGGAUCACGACUUGGUAUCAGCCGGGCCCCAGCGCAGGCCAGUGAAAGCGAGGUCGACCCAUUUGCCGAUUCUGGAAAACUCCCGAGCCCGUCGCCCUGGGAAUCUGUCCCCACGACUCGCAAAUUAGUGGCUGGAAAAUACGUCUCAGCCUGA